AUGAAGUUUGACAAGAAAGCGCUGCUGGGCUCCUCUUUCUUCUUCACAUGUUUUGUCUAUGCAGGGACGGGAGCGGACCUCUCAAACCGCCCUCAAUAUCCGCGUAGAGUGCUCAAUGCUACGAUUAGUACUUCCGAGCAAAGCCUACAACGACCUUCAUCAGACCCCGCUACAGUGUCAUCAUCGUCGGCAAGCCAUCUUAUAACCACAACCCCAACCCCGUCAACCACCACUGCAUUAUCACAAGGUAGUCCUAAUGGCUCCGUAUCACUUGGCUUGCCUUCCCAGCAAGACCCAUCAUCAAAACCUACCGAUUCAUGGCCUUCGGAAAUAAGCACUCUGAAGACCAGAUCAAGGAGCCGCUCUCAAGUAUCCUCUUCUUCCUCAGUUUUGUCAUUAACAUCAAAUCUGAGAAAUCUCAUCGCAUCAGCCACAGCUCCAAACUCUUCCACAAGCGAUGGACCCUUCUCUACGUCACGAGAGAGGCCUUCUGGAAAUGCGCCAUCUGAUAAGCAUGGAAACACGAAUAAUGGCACAGACAGCCUGCUUCCCUCGAGAACGAGAAAUAGGCAUCCAACCUGGUCCACCCAUGCAUCCAAUCACACCAUCACUGGGACGGGGACGGGGACUCGACCUCAUUCAACAAAUUGCAACCGUGUCAAGGCCCAGACAACAGUGACGAUGGAAUGUCCAAUAGGAUUUGACAUGUGCUAUAUACCUGGCGAGCCAGAAUCUGCGGAUGAAUCUGUCUCAACUUCAACAAUCACGAGGAAAUGUACCCUAUUGGAGGAUGAAGAGGAGCCAAUGACGAUUUACUCGAUUGUUCACACUAAGACGGUGACUUUUUAUGGCAAUAGCACUGACUAUACACCACCAUACUCAACAAUCAAGACUCCAGUGUACUGUUUAGAUUUCGAAGAAUCGCCAGCGUCUCCAACGACAGAGGGACAAAUUCCCGAGGUUACCCAAGUCGCAGCAGGAACAACGACGGAUUAUUUCAGGUCCCUUACGCCAUUCAUACGACCAAAAGUCACCUUUAUCACGACAGACAAAAACCCCUCGGUCGUGUUUCCUUCUGACCCUCCACCCAAUUACAGCGCAACAUGGUCUGAUCCAUACCCAAGCCCGAUAGUGCACAAAUCUGUGCCACCCCAGGGCGAUCAGGACGAUCAGGACGAUCAGGACAAUCAGGACAAUCAGGACAAUCAGGACAAUCAGGACAAUCAGGACAAUCAGGACAAUCAGGACAAUCAGGACAAUCAGGACAAUCAGGACAAUCAGGAAGAUCAGGACGAUCAGGACGAUCAGGACGAUCAGGACGAUCAGGACGAUCAGGACGAUCAGGACGAUCAGGACGAUCAGGACGAUCAGGACGAUCAGGACGAUCAGGACGAUCAGGGCAGUCUUGGACAUCAGGGUGGCCUGGGACGGACGCCUGAGGGAAACAAUCAACCGCGACCCACGUUUAAUGUCACAGCAAAGGGGAACGAGGUCAUCAUAAACACCGAGACAUAUAGUUCGUUGAAACCAGACCAGACCACGACCGUCAGCGUUGAUGGCGGCAAGUUCACGAUUUAUCCCACAGCCAUUGUCGGUGUAGGAGGCACUGUUGCGAAACCGCCUCCUGCCCCGACUAAAUUCGGCGUCCCGUCGCCGACAAAGGGCACCGUUGGCGGACUAGACGUGUCCUUGUCCGGCUCACAGGUUGCCAUUGGCGGCGUUACGAUGACCAUGCCGCCCCAUGGCACGACGACGAAUAUACAGGGACAAGGCGUGACAAUCAGCGCAAACAAAAUUAUUGUCGGAACAAGGUCGUUCAAGUUCAAUCCGGUACAAGCACCGCCUGAGUCCGAAGUUGUAGUUGCGGGGGGCGAGAUGCUCACAGUCGCGGGUAAAAGCGUCGUGGUUGUGCAUUCAAAAACAAUCACGUACGGACCCGACACACCGGCCACCACCGAAGUUGUCGAGGGUGACACGGUCGCGAUUGGUCCGUCAGGCGUUGGUGUACAUGGCCUGGUGCUAGGCGGCUUCCAAGCCAACGAGACAGACACGAGAUACGAGAUCAUCGGCGGAGCGACCAUAACCAAGAUUGCCCCUUCCAUCGCCAUCAUCAAUGGCAACACGUUCACCGUCGGGCCCGGCUCGCAUCUCACAACCACGGUGAUUGCCGGCCAAGGGUUCACACUCGGCCCCAUGGGUGUCAUCGUGCCAAGCAUCACCCUAUCGUACCCAUUUGGUUCGACUGUCGUCACAACCAUCUCACCGACGGGUACCUGGCUCAAUACGCUUCCCAUAGAGACGAGUCGUUCCCCCCAGGACGACGAUCACGACAGCAUGGGUCCUUUCAUACGACCAAGCCUGUCCUGGGCGGGCGUGGCACUUUGCAUAGCGACUGGCGUUUUAGUAUUUGUAUAA